AUGUCGUCGUCGUCGCCGGCGGGGGCUGCUAGCGCCGCCAUCUCGGCCUCGGAGAAAGUGGACGGUUUCACCCGGAAAUCGGUGCGCAAGGCGCAGAGGCAGAAGCGCUCGCAGGGCUCGUCGCAGUUCCGCAGCCAGGGCAGCCAGGCGGAGCUGCACCCCUUGCCCCAGCUGAAAGAUGCCACUUCAAAUGAACAACAAGAGCUCUUCUGUCAGAAGUUGCAGCAGUGUUGCAUACUGUUUGAUUUCAUGGACUCUGUUUCAGACUUGAAGAGCAAAGAAAUUAAAAGAGCAACACUGAAUGAACUGGUUGAGUACGUUUCAACUAAUCGUGGUGUAAUUGUUGAAUCAGCGUAUUCUGAUAUAGUAAAAAUGAUUAGUGCUAACAUCUUCCGGACUCUUCCUCCAAGUGAUAAUCCCGAUUUUGAUCCAGAAGAAGAUGAGCCCACGCUUGAGGCCUCUUGGCCUCACAUACAAUUGGUCUAUGAAUUCUUCUUGAGAUUUUUGGAGAGCCCUGAUUUCCAACCUAGUAUUGCGAAGAGAUUCAUUGAUCAGAAAUUUGUACAACAGCUCCUGGAGCUGUUUGAUAGUGAAGACCCGAGAGAACGUGACUUCCUGAAGACGGUUCUGCAUCGAAUUUAUGGGAAAUUUCUCGGACUAAGAGCAUUCAUCCGAAAACAAAUUAACAACAUUUUCCUCAGGUUUAUAUAUGAAACAGAACAUUUCAAUGGUGUUGCUGAGCUCCUUGAAAUAUUAGGAAGUAUUAUCAAUGGCUUUGCAUUGCCACUGAAAGCAGAACAUAAACAGUUUCUAAUGAAGGUUCUUAUUCCUAUGCAUACUGCAAAAGGACUAGCUUUGUUUCAUGCUCAGCUAGCCUAUUGUGUUGUGCAGUUCCUGGAGAAAGAUACGACAUUAACAGAACCAGUGAUUAGAGGAUUGCUAAAAUUUUGGCCAAAAACAUGCAGUCAGAAAGAGGUGAUGUUUUUAGGAGAAAUUGAAGAAAUCCUAGAUGUCAUUGAACCAACACAGUUCAAAAAAAUUGAAGAGCCGCUCUUUAAACAGAUCUCCAAGUGUGUGUCCAGCUCUCAUUUUCAGGUUGCAGAAAGGGCAUUGUACUUCUGGAAUAAUGAAUAUAUUCUUAGCUUGAUUGAGGAGAACAUUGACAAAAUUCUGCCAAUUAUGUUUGGCAGUUUGUACAAAAUCUCCAAAGAACACUGGAAUCCGACCAUUGUAGCACUCGUAUACAAUGUGCUGAAAACGCUAAUGGAAAUGAAUGGCAAGCUUUUUGAUGACCUUACUAGCUCAUACAAAGCUGAAAGACAAAGAGAGAAAAAGAAGGAAUUGGAACGUGAAGAAUUAUGGAAAAAGUUAGAAGAGCUAAAGCUAAAGAAAGCUUUAGAAAAGCAGAACAGUGCUUACAACAUGCAUAGUAUUCUCAGCAAUACAAGUGCUGAAUAAAAAAGGUAAUGCCUACCACCGCUGCUGGAUAGGCACAAUUUUUGUACUUUUUUGAAAUAUGUAAAAAUUGCAAAACAAACCUCAUCAGUAUAAUAUAAUUAAAAGGCCAAUUUUUUUUUUCCUGGCGACUGUAAAUGAAAAAUAUACGGACUAAAC